AACAAGAUGGCGGACUACACAGCCAUGACAACAUCAAAAACUGAUUUGAAAUGGAGUUAAUAGUCACGUUAAUCUAGUCCAAAAGUUCUUUUAAGUAAUAGUUAUGGAUGGUUUGUAGUAUGAGCAGUCAAAGACAUCAGCAGCAUCUGUCAACCUACUUGAAAACAAAGAAAAACAGCCCAGCAAAAGUGAGCAAAAAUUUACAGUCAUGUCCAAAAUCAACUGGGACCUGUUGCUCUCAAAAAUCCAAAACAGAAAGACAGCCUUUAUCGAGUUUGAAAACUCAUUCAGUACAGAAGCAUAUUCACAGAAUACAGAAAAAAAAUGAGGACCAUAUUAACAGUCUCCCUGAUGAAACUUUGUUCAAGAUUUUUGGGUAUUUGAGUUUGUCUGAAUUACUUAUUUGUGCUCAAGUCUGCUGUAGAUGGUCAACUCUUUCUAAAGACAGGUCAAUAUGGGAGCAGGGCAUUUUUCUAAGUCUUCCUCAAGAAGUAAGAAAACUGUUUUCAUUUGAUGAAACAAAGGAAGAGAACUUCAACUGGAAAAAGCAAAUUAUCAAAAGAUGUAUUAGUGCAAGAAACAGCAAGUUUGCAUCCUCAAAGAAAAAAGUCAAUCCAUAUACUUGUCUCCAAGCUGACGUUCAAAAUAUUCUCAAAAAUCUUUGUGUGAGUUGGAAGAUUUGCUUCACAGACACCAGAGGAAGAGAACACUGGGCAACAUCCUCUGAAGCAACAUAUUUUACCUCCUCUGUGUCUGUGAGGUGGCUUUCUUUACAGCUACCAUCUUUGCCACAGCUUAAAACAAUGAGAUUGUUUUCUUGUGUGCCAGUUUUCUUUAACAAAGCUUGGAAACCCCAUAAGAAAAGUAGUACAACACACUCCCUUUUAAUGGACUUUGACUUGAAAGAAAAAGGUUACACAUUAUCAAAAGACAAGUCUGAUGCAGAAGGUGACAUGAUAUCAGCACAUUUUAUUUAUCCUGAACUGAUACUUGCCUGUUGGACUUCUUCAUGGAAGGAUGGUGGAGAAGUUGCAUUUAUUACUGCCUGCUUACACUACAAUAAUCUUCUUAAAAGAGCUUUACUUGGGUCCUUUUCCAAUAUCUUCCAAGCACCACUCCACAAGCCAGUUUUGGAUGACGUUGACUCUCAGUAUGGCCUUCAUGGUUACUCUGCUAUGGUUGAACUCAGAAACCACAAAGCAUCCUACUGGAGUCACCAAUUCAGAGACCUUAACUAUAGCAACAUGACUUCAAAUUGCAUCAUACUGCGUGAUUUCCCAAAUGGAUCUUUUAGUAAGAAGAUCACACUACCAUGGAAAACAGAAUUGUUCAGGAACACUUUGCAGGAUGUCUGUAUUUUAGAUUUUACGAUUCUAGAUGAACACAGAAAGCCAAUGUGGUGUAAAAGCUCUCCUGUUAAAGUUCAUCAAAAUGAAAAUCCUGAUGUGAACUAUUCUUCUGAAGGUGAUUGCUUUUAUAUAACAUACUCUGAUGACAAAGGUACUUUACGCUUGGAUUUGACCUGGAAUUCAAAUGAAGACCAAACUCGUGUUGUAGCAGUUGAGUUUUUACUGCUGAAAUCAUUUGUUAACCAAUGGUUUGGAAGAUCGUAUUGAUUCUCUUUAUGUAUUUAUUAAAUAAAAAAAUAAUUGUGAAUAUAUGGAGAUUAAAUUAAAUCGCAAAAAUCGUGAAACAAUAACGGGUGCACAGGAUACUAGACGGAGAUGUACUUAAUUUGUAUAAAAUUUUGUGUAAAUAUGUUUUUCUAUGGAAAAUAUAGAAAAUUAAAGGGAAGUUAUAUAGUG